CAAUGACAGCGGUAAUAGAAAUAUUUUUAUACAGGUGUUUUUAACAUGGCUAUCCAGGGCUUAUGCUGGUUUUCGCUGGGGAAGGGGGAAAGGUGCUAAACAGCCUUGGGGUGCAAAAAUGUAGAACUAAAUCUCUAUUCCAAUGAAAACUUAAUGUUCAUUUUAGUAUUUUGAAGCCACUUAAUUUUUUUUUUACUUAUGUGUCUACUGAGUGAGUAGUUGAGGAUCUCAAUCAAAUGAAUACACAUUUGACCACAGUGUGUUUUUUAUUGGACCCAACAUUCUGGUAUUUGUUCAGUACUUUUGUAGUAAAAAGUAUGUUAAUUAGCAAAAACUGUAAUUCAUAUAAUACAAUUAACUCAUUUGUCCUUCGAGUUGUACUUUUCAUUGUUUUUUUUCUGAAUUUCUGACAAUUUUUCAUAUGAUAGGCAUUGAAAGAUUAUUUUAAGGGCUGAUUUUGAUAUUUAUAUUCAUUCAUACAUAUUUAUAUAUUUUGUGUCUGUUUGUCCGUCUUUUUGUUAGGUAAUCCACUUGGCAGUUGAUUUAGUUCUCUUUUUGGAUUUCCUAUCUCUCCGUCUUUUUUGUGUAUGAUAUUUUAUGUGAAUUGUAUUUUUUGAGACGAAUAAAUGAAAUGAAAUGAAAUAGGGAGUCUAAAAUGGGUAAAACCCAUUCUAACUAACCCAGAGUUGAUGCUGAUGCUCAGGGAACCUUUUAGGAAAUAUAAUACAUAUAAUAUACAUACAGUAAGUAAUACCAAUGUAGUAAUGCAUCUAAUAAAAUAUAUAUAGCUUUUAACCGACAUGUUUUGACAUGUCAAAUGUCAUCAUCAGGUAAUAAUGCUAUGGUACUACCAGAAUAUACUUAGAAUAUACAUAAGCUGUUGGUCUAAUGAUCACAGAAGUAUUAUGGUCUGCUAUAUUAUUAUUUUUGCAAAAUUAUUAAAUGUUAAUUAACAUCAUUAUAAUAAUUACAUCAAUUAUAAUAUUGUGUUUACAGGGGCAUUUCCUGGUUUCGGCUGGUGGGGUGAGAAGAAUGAGAAUGUGAAACAUAAUCCCAGAAUUUGGAACUAAAUCCCUAUUCUAAUGAAAAUUUAAUGGUCAUUUUUAGUAUUUUAACCCAGGUGGAACUAACUUGCUGCUAUGGUAUUUGGGGGGGGGGGGGAUGCAUCUGCACCCCAGCCUACACCCAUGUGUUUAAGAGAUAAAGCAAUGGCAUAAUAUGAAUUGGUUACAAAGGAUUAGUGCAAGCAUUGGCAAGAUCUUGGGGCUUAAUCCAAGGAUCCUGUUUUCAAAUUAAUUAGAGAAGUCCCUUGGCCUCAUAACCAUAUAUUAUUAUAGAGCAUCAUAUCUUUCCAUCCUGUAGUUAACGAGUUGCUUAGUGUUGAAAUGAGAAUGAAAAAAUGUUAAAGAGAAAUAUAUCAAGGUAAUGAAUAAUUUCACCUUGCUUUGCUAAGGGCAUCUUCAUAUUGCAGGAGCAAUUAAAUCUAAGUACCUUCUCAGUAAUGAUAAUACUUAUGCCCAGGCUCGUUAAUUACUAUCACCUUUCGGUUCAACAACUCAACAGUAACUGACACUUAGAGAAUGCAAAAUUAGGCUUGAAAAUAUAUGGCCUUAAGACAAUUAUGUUACAUUUGUAUGACUUCGAAGAAUAACACAUUUGUUUCUGAUCAUCGAUUGUAAAAUUGAGCAAACCAUUCAGCUGAACGAAUCAGCAAUGGCGGACAUUUCACGGAGUAAUCUAGCAACAUAUAAAUUGGUUGUUGUUGGCGAUGGAGGCGUUGGCAAAAGUGCAAUUACGAUACAGUUCUUCCAGAAGAUGUUUGUUGAGGAUUACGAUCCAACCAUCGAGGAUUCUUAUAUGCAGCAUGAGGAGGUGGAUGGAGAAUGGUGCAUGCUCGAUGUCUUAGAUACAGCUGGACAAGAGGAAUUCAGUGCUAUGAGGGAGCAAUACAUGAGAACUGGGGGAGGCUUUCUGCUUGUUUACUCCGUCACAGAUCGAGCUAGCUUUGAGAAUAUUGUAGGAUUUCACGCUCAGAUACUCAGAGUCAAGGACAGGGAUUGCUAUCCCAUGAUUCUUGUUGCGAACAAAGUUGACCUAGUCCACCAUCGCAAGGUUUCAAAGGAAGAAGGCCAACAUAUGGCAUCACAAUUUGGACUUCAAUACAUUGAAACAAGUGCCAAGAACCCGCCUCAAAAUAUAGACACAGCAUUUCAUGAAUUAGUACGUGUUAUACGGCGUCAUCCCGAAGAAGGUAAACCAAAUAAGACUACAGGGUGUUUCCAUGAUUGCAUUGUCCUAUAAUAUUGUCACCAAAGAUUGUUUCUGGUGGUUAAUCGCACCAAAGAACUUAAAUAGCAGAAGAAUGAGCUGCUCCGCGUAUUUUCAUUAAAAUCGAUGGAAAAUUCGCCCUCCUGCGGUUGCAGUAAAAUUUGAACAUUUUACUAAGUAGAGAAACUAAAGGAA